AUGUCGAGGGAUCCGCUCGUCGUGGGAAACGUUGUCGGCGACGUGUUGGACCCUUUUACCAAGUCCGCGUCGGUGAGAGUGCUGUACAAUAGUAGGGAGCUGACUAACGGGUCCGACCUGAAGCCGUCGCAAGUAGCGAAUGAGCCAAGGGUCGAGAUCGGAGGGCGUGACAUGAGGAACCUUUACACACUCGUGAUGGUGGACCCUGAUUCCCCAAGCCCUAGCAAUCCAACCAAAAGAGAGUACCUUCACUGGUUGGUGACAGAUAUCCCAGAAACAACUAAUGAAAGUUUUGGAAAUGAGAUAGUAUCUUACGAAAGUCCGCGACCAACGGCUGGAAUACACCGUUUCAUCUUUGUGCUGUUCAGGCAAUCAGUUCGCCAAACCAUUGACCCACCCGGAUGGAGGGCAAACUUCAACACCAAGGACUUCGCAGCACUUUAUAACCUCGGCCCUCCGGUUGCAGCUAUUUUCUUCAACUGCCAGAGAGAGAGUGGCUGCGGUGGCAGAAGGAACCCAUCUGUCGGUGGAUGGAGCUGAUGAUCAAUUGAAGCAUUUCUACAGUUUUCGAGGGAGUUCAUACUCAUACAAGAGGACCAACGAAGAAAGCCAUGAAAACAUUUAAAUUUCAAUUUUAUUUAUCAUAUUAAAUACCUAACCUUGUUCGACUUUUGCUACUGCAUGUACAAGCUCACUCAGUUUUCUGAGGUGAGCAUUUAUGAUUUUUAGCUUGCUUCUCCCUUGCAAAAUGAAAGGAAGAUGUAACAUCUCAGGUCCAAAAUAUGUUCUCUGUUUUAAUAUAUGCCAAGCAAACGAUGACUAAAAGGCAAUUGCUUUAGAAUUGAAUUGGAAUGGCUAACAAAUGGAAUAGCAAUUUUCCUACCUA